UAAACAGCUGGUUGUUACGUCGCCGCACGCAUUUAGAGCUGCCAAAAAAAUUUAGCUGCAAUUAAUUAAUGAAAAUGUUACCUUUGGCACGCGGCAUUUACGGCAGCUUGGCGCAAAUAACCCGCAACAGUCGUCUGGCACUACACACGGCCAGCGUGGUGCGUGGCAAAGCAGAAGCAGCUGCAGAAAAUGAGGCGCCGGCAGAAAACAAUGAAGAAAGUGCAGCAAAUGCAGCGCCAGAUCCCAAGGAUCGCACAAACAAAAUACCCGUAGAGACUUCCAUACGUUACCUGAAAAGCGCCGCCUACAAAACAACCUACGGAGAUGAAUUUGUAUGGACACAAUAUCGUCGCAACCACAAGGGCAUGUAUGCGCCGCGCAAGACGCGCAAAACCUGCAUACGCCAGGGCAAAAUUAGCACCGGUAAUCCGUGUCCAAUAUGCCGUGACGAGUAUUUGGUGCUGGACUACCGCAACACGGAGCUCUUGCAGCAGUUCAUUUCGCCGUUCAGCGGCCAAGUGUUGAGCUACUCCAAAACGGGCCUGUGCCAGAAGAGUCAUCUGCGUCUAACGGUCGCCGUGGAGCAGGCACGCGACUGUGGUCUGAUCACCUACGAUGUGCCCUUCCGGGAGUACGACUACAGCGAAUACUAUGGAAAGCAGGAGGAGCAAAAGCAAUAAAAAUUAAACAUUUAAAGUUAAACUGAUUAAAAUUUGUAUGGUUAAAAUG